AUGUUGUUAAAAGAAAAAUUUCAAACCAAGGCGAAUGAAAUUAAAACAUUUGCUGACACUAUCAGGGGUGAAGGGAGAGACAUGGAAGCGAUUUUGUUUUAUCAAAUCGCUGCCGAGUUUUAUGGAAAUCAAACGAAAGAAUGUUUGGUCGGGAUAUCGAAUUGCGCAAAGGGAAUCACAGAAUCUAUCGUGGUAAUGAUAAAACGUGAAAAGAGAUUGAAGCCGAUGGUACGAAUCCACGUGGUUCCACUGAUGCGUGACAUGCGAGAAAUGAUUCGACGAUCUGAUGACGUCAGUGAGGAAGAUCGGUGUUUGCAGGAAGUUUGGUGUUUGUAUUAUAUCGAAUACAGUGAAUAUUUGCUUGGUGACUGGAUUAUUCGUGAAAAAACAUUGGAAGAAGCGAUCGCUAUAAUGGAGAGGGUUUUCAAGGACAGAGCUGGAAAUUAUUUAGUGUACGCAGCUUGUUUGUACAAUCUCGGUGAAAUGAAAACACUUCCCGACCCAACGAGGCCUGUGAAUAUUACCGCAAAGCUAUUGCAGCUUAUGGGAAAGCUGAGGAUUUCAACGAUGAAACCAAAGCUGAAUGGACUAAAAUAUCUAAAAACAAAUUGCUAAGGGCGGAAAAACAACGUGAUACAUCAUUGGAUUCUUUAUCGAAUGAAAAUCAGCAAAACCCAAUAAACUUGAGCACUGUCGCAACCACUGUUGUAAAUAGUUAUGAUAACAGAUCAUCGGGAAUUCAGACAUACAACGCAGAUUCGUUUGAACGACUACUAAAAGAACGAAAAUACAACGAAGCUUAUGGCGUAUCGAAGAAACGAUUACAGCUCGACCCAGCUGUCAUUAGAUGCAAGGAUCUGGUCAGCCAUUACCGAUGUUGUAUGUUGGUUGGAGAGGCGGAAGAUGCGAUUCAAACCAAAGAUCAACUGAACAAGUUUUUAAAAGAGCAAUUCAAUAUCACUCCAAAUGAAAUCAAAACAUUUUAUGACACUAUCAAGAGUGAAGGAAAGGACACGGAAGCGACUUUAUUCAAUCAAAUCUUUGGAGAGUUUUAUGAAAAUCAAUCGAAAGCAGAUCUCCUGGCACUCAUGGUUGAGGAACCAAGCGUAUCGCAAGCUACGUCAUCGUUACAAGAAAUCCAAAUUAACCCACAAGGAUCACAGAGUGGAGUGACGUCACGGAGGCCAACCCUUGUAGAUAUUUUGUUAAUUGUGUCAGAAUCCGUUGGACAACUACUGCAAGAGGAAGAAUACGACCAAGCUUACGGCGUAUCCAGGAAACGUAUAAAGCUCGACCCAGCUGUCAUUCAAUCUAAAGAUCUGAUCAACCAUUACCGAUGUUGUAUGUUGGUUGGAGAGGCGGAAGAAGCGAAUAAAAUCAAAGAUCAACUGAAGACCAUAUUAAAUAAGAAAUUCCAAACCAAGGCGAAUAAAAUCGGAACAUUUGCUGACACUAUCAGGGGUAAAGGAAGAUACAUGGAAGCGAUUUUGUUUGAUCAAAUCGCUGCCGAGUUUUAUGGAAAUCAAUCGAAAGCAGGUUUGGUCAGGAUAUCGAAUUGCGCAGGGGGGAUCAAAGAAUCUAUUAGGGCAAUGUUAUCACGUGACAAAGGAUUGAAACCGAUCGUUCGAACCCAAGUGAUUCCACUGAUGCGUGACAUGCAAGAAAUGAUUCGACGAUCUGAUGACGUCAGUGAGGAAGAUCGGUGUUUGCUGGAAGUUUAUUGUUUGUGUCAUAUCGCAGUCGGCGAGGACUUAAUGGGUGACUUAAAUAGUGCUGAAAAAACAUUGAAAGACGUGAUCGCUAUUAUGAAAAGGGUUUUCAAGGAUAACGCUGAAAAGUAUUUAGUGUACGCACAAUGUUUGUACAAACUCAGUUCCACGUAUAACAACACUUCCCAACUCAACGAGGCCCGCGAAUGUUACCGCAAAGCGAUUGCAGCUUUUGGGAAAGCUGAGGAUAUUAACCAAUAACGAAGUGAUUGAAUAGAUGUAACAAUAAGGCGUGACUUCCAUGAGAAACCAGCAUUUACCUUUCCGUUAGGUGGCGGAUAUCUUAAGGAGUCUAUAGAUACACCAUACAGCAUUUCAAUUUGUGUUGAAUAAAAGGAAAAAUUUCAA